UCUAUUUAUGGGGACCUUACUGCUAAACAAGAUUAAGGAACAAGCUUCUUGUUUUCUUCAAGAAAAAUACAGAGAUGCAAGGAUUGCCUUCACUGAUGUGACUGCUGCUGAAUUGUUAACUGAAGAUGCAACAAACAAUGAUCCAUGGGGGCCUGAUGUUAGAACAAUGACUAAGAUAUCAGAGACAUCAUUUAACAUGGAGGAUUAUUGGAGGAUUGUUCAUAUCAUACACAGAAGGUUGGAUCGUAAAGAAUGGAAGCAUUGGAGGCAAUUUUACAAAACAUUGGUACUCCUUGAAUUCUUACUAACUCAUGGCCCUACAACUUUUGCUGGAGAAUUUAUGUGUGAUUACGAGGGCAUUGAAGAGCUUGGAACAUUUACACACGUUGUACCUGAUCUUUGUUUCUCUGCUUUUCUUUUUGAAUUUAUAUUGUAUGAAUCAUGUAUCACUUUAGACACGUUCGAUUGGGGUCUAAACAUGCAGAAAAGAUCAGAUAAUGUGCUAGAACUACUACAAGGAGGUGAAUCAUUGAGACAAGCAAGACUAAAAGCCCUCAAAACAUCAAAAGAAAUCAAAGGAUUUGGCAAUUCGGCAACAACUUCUCCAUCAUCAUCAUCAUCAUCAUCAUCAGAUUCAUCAAGAGCUUCCAAUUCUUAAUUCGGCUCAUUUUUCACAUCAACUUCGACAGCCCAAGAUAUCA